AUGUCGGGCCAGGAAUCUGCUGCUCCCGCCGCCGCGACUGAGCCAACUUCGCUUCCUGAGCGCAGCGCAAACCCCACAGGCGACGCUGGCGCCCCUCAGCCAGCAGAGAUCUCGAAGAACGCCGCGAAGAAGGCUGCUAAGAAGGAGAAGCUUGCUCAAGGCAAGGCAGGGAAGGCAGAGAAGGUGGAUAAAGGGAUUGGUCACAGUGGAACGAAGCAUGCGGCCGUGAAGCCGGCAAAGAAGAAGGGCGACGGACCUGCGCUGAUCGGUAUAGAUGUGGCCAAGGAGGACGAUUUUGCAGCAUGGUAUCAGCAGGUAUUGCUCAAGGGCGAGAUGUUGGACUACUAUGAUGUAUCUGGAUGCUUUGUUCUUAAGCCUCACUCCUUUUUCAUAUGGGAACAGAUCCAGAGCUGGUUUGAUGCCAAAAUCAAGCAGAUGAAUGUUAAGAACUGCUCAUUUCCUCUAUUCGUGUCCGAAGAUGUUUUGAAGAAGGAAAAAGACCAUAUAGAGGGCUUUGCUGCUGAGGUAGCCUGGGUGACUCAUGCUGGAAACUCUCCUCUCGAGAAGAAAAUAGCUAUCCGUCCAACUUCCGAAACUGUUAUGUAUCCAUAUUAUGCUAAAUGGAUCCGAAGUCACCGCGACCUGCCACUCAAACUCAACCAGUGGAACUCUGUUGUCAGAUGGGAGUUCAAAAACCCGCAGCCAUUCCUCCGUACAAGAGAGUUCCUAUGGCAAGAAGGUCACACUGCUCAUUUAACAAGAGAAGAAGCUCAUACGGAGGUUCUCCAGAUUCUCCAGCACUAUGCUCAUGUUUAUGAAGAACUCCUCGCUGUCCCUGUCAUCCAGGGUCAGAAGACUGACAAAGAGAAAUUUGCCGGUGGUCUCUAUACCACUACCGUAGAAGGAUACAUUCCAGCCACUGGACGUGGAAUUCAGGGAGGAACAUCACACGGCCUCGGCCAGAAUUUUAGCAAGAUGUUCGGCAUCACUGUUGAGGAUCCAUCUGCCCGCCCAGAUGAGAAGAAGCCACCAUUGCAUAUCUGGCAGAACUCUUGGGGGCUGUCCACUCGAACCAUCGGUGUGAUGGUCAUGAUCCAUGGUGAUAACCGCGGAUUGGUUCUUCCACCACGUGUCGCUGAUAUCCAAACCGUCAUUGUUCCAGUUGGUCUGGGUGCAAAAACUCCUGAUGAGGAGCGCGCAGCUAUAAUGGCCGAGAUUGAAGCCAUAGCCACGGUUCUAUCUGCAGCUGGUGUCCGUGUUGAAGUUGACAAGCGUGAUGGAUAUACCCCUGGAUGGAAGUUCAAUGACUGGGAGCUUAAGGGUAUCCCUCUCCGCCUGGAAUUUGGCCCUGGGGAGUCUGCUGGAUCCUUUGUCACUACCUCGCGUCGUGACAUCGCCGGAAAGGAGGGAAAAUCCUCCAUUUCGAUUAAAGACCUGGGUACCGCUGUUCCCGCCUUGCUUGAGACUAUCCAAGCAGACCUCUACUCUCGUGCUAAGGCAUCAUUUGAUGAAAACCUCAAGAAGAUCACUAACUGGGAUGAUUUCUGCCCUGCUCUGAACUCCAAGAAUAUAUGCAUGAUUCCACACUGCUUGACUGAGGAAUGUGAGGAUCAAAUCAAGGAAAUGAGUGCCAGAAAGGCGGAAGAGGAGUCUGGUGAACCCCAGGAUGCCAAAGCUCCAAGCAUGGGUGCUAAGAGUUUAUGCAUUCCAUUCGAUCAGCCAGAUGGUAUUGAACUUGGAGUAACCAAGUGUACCAACCCCAAGUGUGAAAAGACAGCCGAGAAGUGGUGCAUGUUCGGACGAUCAUAUUAA